GGAGUGGGAGUGGAUGAUAGGCUAUUAUGCAUUUUUUAUAGUUUCCUCGGUUACCUCAAAUUCACUCCAUUAUUUCUCCUCCUGUCGUCCUCUGUAUCUUCUUACAGCUACAGUUCAUUGCGUACUAAUGAAUGACGUUACUGACAAGAACAAGACCCAACAACAUCAAACAACUCUUUCUCUCUUCAAAUGGAGCUAAUGGGCACUUUAUUCAACAUUGCACAAAUAAUCGUCUAGUUCGACAGGGAAAACAAGUUCAUGCUCGAAGUAUACUUCAUUCAGUCAUUCCAGACAAUUUUCUUGGCUCGAAGCUGUUAACCUUUUACGCUACAUCAGGUUUUUUAUUUGAAGCACGUCAUGUGUUUGAUAAUAUUCCUAAGAAAAAUGUUUUCUCUUGGAAUGCUAUGCUUAUUGCUUAUUCACAUCAUAAUAGAAAUACCCAGACACUUGAACUCUUUUCUUCUUUAGUGUCUUUAAGAGAUGUGAAUCUUAAGCCUGACAGUUUUACGAUUUCUUCAGUUUUGAAAGCACUAUCUUCACCUUUGUUUGGUGACAGAAGACUGGUUAAAGAGAUUCAUAGUUUUGUUUGCAGACAUGGGUAUGAGUCUGAUUUAUUUGUUGUUAAUGGUUUAAUUACUUGUUAUGCACGGUUGGGGGAAUUGAGUUUAGCUAGAAAAUUGUUUGAUCAAAUGCAAGAAAGGGACAUUGUGUCGUGGAAUUCAAUGAUUUGUGGGUAUUCUCAAUGUGGUUUUUAUGAGGAUUGUUUGAUUCUGUUUAAGGAUAUGGAAUGUUUGGGUUUGAGAUUUGAUGGGGUUACAGUGGUGAGUGUUUUGCAGGCUUGUGCACAGUUGAAAGAUCUUGAUUUGGGUAGGAAAGUGCAUCAGUUGGUGUUGGACAACAGAAUUGAAGUGGAUACUCCGGUUAGUAAUUCGAUUAUUGGGUUGUACGCAAAAUGUGGUAGUUUGGAGUAUGCUAGAAUGUUGUUUAAUGAGAUGACAGAGAAAGACGGGAUUACUUAUGGCUCGAUGAUAUCUGGAUACAUGAAUCAUGGUUUUGUAGAGGAAGCAUUGGAAUUGUUUCGUGAAAUGAAAAGCCCGGGUUUGAGUACUUGGAAUUCUUUGAUUUCAGGUCUUGUCCAGAAUAAUCACCAUGAUUGUAUUCGUGAGUUCCUUCAUGAAAUGCAGGACAUGGGAUUUAAACCAGAUUCUGUAACUCUAUCAAGUGUUCUUCCCACCAUUUCGUAUUUUUCAAAUCUGAAAAGUGGAAAAGAGAUACACUGUUACGCGAUUAGGAAUGGUUAUGAUGGAUGUAUUUAUGUUACAACUGGUUUAAUAGACACCUAUGCAAGGUCUGGUUUUGUUAAUGGAGCCUACGAGGUAUUUAAAGGAUCCAGGGUAAGGAGCGUGAUUGUAUGGACAGCUAUGAUCUCAGCAUAUGCAGCUCAUGGAGAUGCCGUCGCAGCAAUUUCCCUGUUUACGGAUAUGCUUGCUGUUGGUAUAAAGCCAGAUCGAGUAACAUUCACAGCAGUUCUAACAGGCUGUGCACAUUCAGGAAUAGUUAGUGAAGCUCAAAAGAUUUUCGAUUCCAUGCUGCCAUAUUAUGGGAUUGUCCCUGAAAUUGAACAUUAUGCUUGUAUGGUUGCAGUUCUGAGCCGUGCUGGAAUGACUUAUGAAGCAGCUGAUUUCAUAUCUAGGAUGCCAAUUGAACCUAGUGCAAAAGUUUGGGGCGCAUUAUUAAAUGGUGUUUCGGUUUCAGGAGAUGUCAAUCUUGGUAAGUUUGUUUGUGAGAAACUGUUUGAAAUUGAACCCCAGAACACUUGGAACUAUGUAGUCCUGGCAAAUUUGUACGUUCGAGCUGGAAUGUGGGAUGAUGCUGUGAUGGUUAGGGGUCGGAUGAAGAAAAUGGGAUUGAAAAAAUUACCUGGCUGUAGUUGGAUAGAAACAGAUAAUGGGUUACAAACCUUUGUGGCUACGGAUGUUUCGAGCGAGAGAAUUGCAGACAUUUAUGAUGUAUUGGGUGGAUUGAUUGAGCUGAUGAGAGAAGAGGGUUAUGUUUCCAUUUCAGAGAUGGAUGAAGAAAUGUUAUGAAGUCUAGAAAUGAAUGUUUAAGCCAAGAUUAUAUUUGUGUCAGCAGAAUACGGGGUGUUGAUACUUCAUUCAGCUCUUGAAGAAGCUUAGCCAGGGUUUUGUCUGGAAUGAACUCCACAGAAACUCGAAAAGCCCAAAGACCCUGCAUUGGACUGUGGAAAUGGAAGCAUUACAAAAAUGGGUCUUAAUAUAAUCAAGAAUUGUGUGUGCCGAGUCACUAGUAUCAUCGACUCAUUCAGUACAGCUGGGCUCAAAGGCGAUUUGCAUCCCAAUGAACCAUUUGAAAACAUAACAUGUGAGUAGUAGGCAUUAUCUCAUAUAUUUUGUUAUGUUAGAAAGAAUCAAAGAUAGGGAAGAAUCAAGUGUUAACUUGAAGAAAUAUAAAAAUAUGAGAACGUGAAGGUAGUAGGUGCUAGGAGUGGAACACCAUUAUACGACGUGCCUGACAAUUAGAACAAGAGUAUGUCAGUUUCCAGAAGACUUAGUAUGAGAAUUCAAAUUCCUUUUGUUUAUAGUCAAGUUGAAGUUUGUUAGCUGAUUCUGAUGCCAAUAGAAUAUGUGAAACCACAUGAACAUGAACAUGGAUGGACACUAUUAUAUUCAUUAUCCAUUCUCUCAUCACAACGUACAUUUCGAUCUCACCGUUGAAUUGGGUAGAUUUUUUCAUAUUGUUUCGUGUUAGAUCGUGUUGACUUAAUUGCUCUCAGAUUGGUAAAUUCAGAUAACUUGACAUUGAAACGCGGUGGGAUGACGCAUUCUGAGUUUGUGCUAACAACGUUGAAGGGAAACGCGGUGAGUAGUCCGGUUGACAGUGAAACUGAUGGCAAUUUCGCCGAAAAAAUGCCAAAAAGCUCAAUGCUGAAAAUGACUGAAACGCGCUUUAUAACCCCUUUAAUUGUACAUGUAUAAAAGAGCUUAAGAUUUGUAAUGUAAUUUUGAAGCCAAAUCAAUCUCAUUUAGUUGUUCAGACAUUAUUAACUCAAUAACAUAGAUUUAUCUGAUUCUGCACGACAGGGUUAGACCAAUGUCUAAAAUGGGUUCUCCAUAGUCCACUUGGAUUUAUUU